AUGUCGAAAACAACCGGAAUCAUCCGGAAGUCGAUUUUCGCUUUUCUCCGAAACUACGGAUACUACAUAUUUGCCCCAACUCUCCUCGCCUUUCCUUACGCCUCCGCGUACCUCAUCGCCCAAUCCCUCAUCCCUUCGUCUCGACUUUUCCCGCCAAUUCAUGACCGAUUAAUCUCUCUCUUUCUCUCGGCCGGUUUCCCGCCUUCUUCACGACUCUUUUCCAUUCUAACCGUUAAGCUCUCCCAAACACUCCUCACUUCCCUCCUCGUCUCGCCUUUCGCAUUCUCCUUUCUCCUACUCGCGAAAGCCUCCGUGAUCGUAAAAUCACUCCACCCUCGUAAAAAAAACACGGAAUUUACUUUUACCGCAUGGAAAGAAAAAGCGAUCUUACGUCCCAUUCUCGUCACACAAUUUUGUAGCUCGUUGGUCAUUCUCUCGGCUAACGCUGCUUGCUAUUUCUUUCUCACCGUGUUUUUCAAGUUUCUUGAUUUUUUAAGCCUUCCUUCUUUGGCGGGGGUCGUGGGAGGUUUAGUAGUCUACUCGAUUGUCGUUGCGAAUUCGUACGUUUUGUGCAAUUUAGCGUUGGUUUUGUCGGGAGUGGAGGGGGAGUGUGGAUUCGUAUCGAUUGCCAAGGCAUGUGUUGCGGUCCGGGGUAGAACUGGGAUCGGGUUAUGGUUGGCUGUGGUUGCGAACGUGUGUUUUGCGGCCAUCGAGGCACUUUUCGAGUACCGAGUCAUGCGUGCUUAUUAUGGUGAGGUCUCGGGUCGUAAUUCGGGCUUGCUUGUGAUGGAGGGGGUUUUUGUUUCGUGCUUGUAUGCGGUUUUCGUUGUGCUUGAUACGAUCAUCGCGUGUGAGUUCUUGAGAUGGUGCAAGAAAGGGGAAGAGAUUAUUCCUUAA